AAAGCAGCAAAAUACCAUUCUCUCUCUCUCAACAGAAACCGUACGCCCACAAACCCACUCACUGCUCAAAACUAAAGUCACCCCAUCGCCUUCACUCACUGCCUCCCACUCUUCCAAAGCCGUUUUUUCCACUCACACACUCUCUCUCUCAUUCAAUCUAUAUGCAUCUAUGAACCUCUCUGCCUUUGUUUCUCCACUCGCUCCCUCUCCCUCUUCUAUCCCCUCGUUGUAGCAUUUCCUCACUGCUAGUGCUUCUAGAAUUUCAUUCUUCACCUUUUUCCCUUUCGAUUCUCUCUCUUACUCUCUUUCCCAAAUGGAAGAGAAACGGGGUUUCUUCUCCGCUCUCAAGGAGGAAGUGGUUCGGGGCCUCUCUCCCUCUCGUUCUCGCUCCAAAAGCCCAGCCCGAACCGUCUCACCCUUUUCGGGUCUCCUCAGGAGGAAGAAGCAUCACAACACCCCUAACCAUGACUCCUCCGUCGCAAGAUCCGCUAGUUUGAGGCCGUUGGGGGAGACACUAACGCCUCUCAUCGAGGGACCCGACCCGGACGGAGCAGAAAACGGGGAUCCGAAGAGAAUCAGGUCGGGUCUCGGGCACUGGAUGAAGGGACAGCUUUCACGUGCCCCCUCUGUGUCUUACAAGAGGUCUGAUCUGAGGCUUCUUCUGGGUGUAAUGGGUGCGCCACUCGCUCCUCUUCACGUCUGCGCCACCGACCCUCUCCCUCAUCUCAGCAUAAAGGACACUCCCAUUGAAACUUCAUCUGCCCAAUACAUAUUGCAACAGUACACAGCAGCGUCUGGUGGGCUGAGAUUGCAGAACUCUAUACGAAAUGCAUACGCAAUGGGAAAGGUCAGAAUGGUAGCCUCUGAAUUCGAGACUGCAACUAGGGUAGUGAAGAACCGGAAUGCCUCUAGGUGUGCAGAGUCUGGUGGAUUUGUGCUCUGGCAAAUGAAUCCUGACAUGUGGUAUGUAGAGCUUGCUGUUGGGGGAAGCAAGGUUCAUGCUGGCUGCAAUGGCAAACUUGUUUGGAGGCACACGCCUUGGCUUGGUGCUCACACGGCAAAGGGACCUGUGAGGCCUUUGCGGCGUGCACUUCAGGGUCUUGAUCCUAGAACCACUGCCAGUAUGUUUGCUGAUGCCAGAUGCAUAGGAGAGAAGAAUAUCAAUGGUGAGGACUGCUUCAUCCUUAAGCUCUGUACUGACCCAGAAACAUUGAAGGCUCGAAGUGAGGGACCUGCCGAGAUCAUAAGGCAUGUCUUGUUUGGCUACUUUAGCCAGAAGACUGGACUUCUUGUUCACAUUGAGGAUUCCCAUCUGACUCGCAUCCAAUCCAAUGGGGGUGAUGCAGUUUAUUGGGAAACCACAAUCAAUUCAUUCCUUGAUGAUUAUAGGCCUGUGGAAGGGAUCAUGAUUGCCCACUCAGGGCAUUCGGUGGUAACUCUUUUCAGGUUUGGGGAGAUGGCAAUGAGCCAUACUAAAACAAAAAUGGAAGAGGCCUGGACAAUCGAAGAGGUGGCGUUCAAUGUUCCAGGUCUUUCAGUAGACUGCUUCAUUCCCCCUGCAGAUUUGAGAACAAGUUCUGUCAGUGAAGCUUGUGAACUUCCUCAUGAUGAAAGAGGAAAGAACUCAUUAGCAGUACAUAGGGCCAAAGUUAUUGCACUGGAGAAAUCGCAUAAUUGCAGCAUUGAUAACAUGAUAUGGAAGAUGGAAGUCUAAGGACGGUGGUAGGAUCAAUUCGUGGCAAUUGUUAAUAGCAGUCACUAGUUUUUGACUACUAACGUUUAGAUGUUAGAGUAGGUUCGUUGUGAAAGUUUGUUAUAUGCCUCUAUAUACUCUGUAAAUAGAGCAUAAAAAUUCACGGGUAUUAUGCGGACCCGAGUGAAUGUUUAUACUCGAUGCAGAAUCCAACUAUGGAGUUGGAGCUCGUUUUUCCACUUCGGAAUAGAGCAAAUGGAGGUUAAAAUUUUAGUUUACCUUCCAUAAAUGAGGGCGGGCGGUGAAGCUUUGGUAUAGUGGACCCUUUAAACUUUUGUUAAUUAGUAACUUUAUGUAAGUGUCGAUGGUGGUAAUAUUAAAGAGUCUACCAUCGACCACAGCCAGUUUGGCGCUAACAGCUUCUACAUGGUGUGGAAGUUGUGUUUGAAAAGGUGACGAGGGUGUUUUUGAUAGCCUAGAUAACGGAGUAGGGUUACAGAGACAACACUCAGUCUUAAUUGAUGUACCCAACAUCUCAUGUUUCUGUUUUGUGUUAUGAUGCUAUUUUGUCAGUGCUCCUGAUAAUUAAACUGUCAGAUAAUGAAUGCUCUUG